ACCAUACUCAACCCACAGCUUCUUCUUCAUCUACGUCGUCGUUUUGAUCUUCUUCUUCUUCUUCAGCUUCCUUGUGAUUCCAUGUCAGAUGAAAUGUUUAGAGAUCUAUUUUUCUCGAACCCUUUUCGAGACAGUGGGUUCGGGGACUCGGAAACAGCCAGGAAUUUUGGGGUGUCGAAUGAAAUUUUGGGGACUCCGAUGAGUUCUUGUGGGUCGUUGUCGUCUUCCGAUGCUGGAGCUGAGGAAGAUGGUUCUGGGAAAGAGAAGGAGAAGGCGAUGAAAGACAUGGAAGAUGGUGGAGAGAGUUCCAAAGCUGCAGGUAAAGCGAAGAAGAAAGAGACAGAGCCGAGAUUUGCUUUCAUGACGAAGACUGAGAUCGAUCAUCUUGAAGAUGGAUAUCGAUGGAGAAAAUAUGGACAGAAGGCCGUAAAGAACAGUAUUUUUCCUAGGAGCUAUUACAGAUGUACAACUCCGAACUGUGGAGUGAAGAAACGAGUAGAAAGAUCGUUUCAAGAUCCAUCCAUUGUAAUCACGACGUACGAAGGGCAACACAACCACCCAAUUGCGGCAAUGCUGAGAGGAAAUCUGUCGGCGGCCGCCGCAUUUCCACCGUCCAUGUUGGCACCAAUGCCAGUGGUCGGUGGCGCUGGGUUUCUUCCGAAACCGUUGAGCGACCCAUCCGGCAACAGUCAGGUUGUCGGCGGUGACGGCUACGUUUAUUCACAGAGCAGCUUCGGGUAUCCUUACAACGAGCAGCAAUCGGAAUAUGGGGUUUUGCAGGACAUUUUUCCAUCUCCGUCGUCGUUCUUCAACCGGCAGUCGUGAUUAAUUAAUGAAUAAGGCAGUUCUGUUAAAUUACAGAAAAGUCCUCGCCAAAGAUGGGUGCAAUCUCGCUUACUGUAAGUAAGGGUUGAAUUAAAACUAUAGGGAUCUUGCAUGCAUUUUAUAUACAACCAUGGCGCUCUUUAGAUUGUGGGGUUUUAUUUUAUUUUAUUAAAAAUGGAUGCAAGAGAAAUUUUUGAGGGAAAGAAAAAAAUAGUGAAUUAAUUGAAGUUCAAUUGGUUAAGGGGGCGACAAAAACUUAGAGUGGGUCGGUCUUUGCCCCCACACCCAUGUGAUUUGGGGUCGGGUUGGUGUGGGGAAUAAUAUUGUUUUUAAGGUUGGAAUUGCAUUGUCUAUGGUUGUCACGAUUUUUUAGUUUUUAAAAAUUAUUAAAGGUUAAUUAAUAAAAAUACUUGAUAGCACAGGAGCUGAUAGGUACGUAACUUAUCGAACUCCUUUCUUAU